AACGGUGGUGGAGAUGUAAGAGUAACGGCGUUAAAGAAGAGAAAAAGGGAUCCGGAAAAGGCUAAGGAGCGGGCGUCUAUUAAAAGAAACAACGGCUCCUAUCUUCCCCUUCCUCUCCUUUGGUAGACAAAGAAAAAAAAGAAGAAGAAGUUAAUAAUCUCCGAAGAUCACUUUCUUUUAAAUUGUGGUUUACAAAGUCUAUCAUUUUCCUAAACUUCGUUAACGUUUGAAAAAGGAGAUCCAAUCAUGAAUUUGUAGGCUUUUUGUCCUUGUUUAAGUCUCUGUUAUAGGUUUCAGGAAGGUGUUGGGGGUUUGGAUCUCACGAUUGUAUUUACAUGGAGGGGUGUCUCUUACUGAUGCCCGUUCCGACAGGAUCUUUAUGUUUAUGUUUAGAUUAGAGAGAGAGAGCGCUAUAGUUUUUUUUGUAAUUGAAUAGGAAAUGUCUGUUGCUGAUGUUGUUGCAUUGACCCCAAUUCACAGAGGAUUAGGGUUUUCGUUUGCUCACAACUACUACUACUACUCACUCAAAUCAGUUUUGGUGUUCCUCCGUGUUCCUUCUUCUUCAACCAUGCCUAUGCUCAUCCUCGACUCCGACGUCAAACUCAAGAUCCAGACCGUGUGCAACGGGCUCCGCGUGACCAGGCAGAAACUCGUUUUCCGCGGCCGAGAGCUCGCGAGAAACGCCUCCCGUGCCGCCAAGGACUACGGCGUCGUCGUCUCGGAUAACAACAGCGUCUUGCAUUUGCUGCUCAAGAAGGUCUGCGAUCCUCCUCUCCUCGUCACCGUCGUCACCACAAACGGUAAAGUCUUCGACUUUCACGUCGAUCGCCGUAGGAACAUCGAGUAUCUCAAGAAACGGAUCUCCAGAGAGGUCAAAGGGUUUAGUGACGUUGUUGAUCAGGAGAUCUUCUUUAGAGGGGAGAAGCUUCGUGACGACAGAGUCAUCGACGGGAUCUGCAGAGAUGGAAGCUCUGUCAUCCACUUGCUGCUCAAGAAGACGGCGAAAACAGAGGAUGUUUCUAUUGGCAAAGACUUCUUGUUAGAACCUCUGCUUCUCAACCCCGCUGUGGAGUUACCUCAGGUUAUCGAGGAUAUGAUUAACCGCACGGUCGAAGGGUUAAACAGUGGGAAUCCACCAGUGAGAUCAGCUGAAGGAACGGGAGGGACGUACUUGAUGCAAGAUUCGUCAGGUCUCGACUACGUCUCUGUCUUCAAGCCUAUGGAUGAGGAACCUAUGGCUGUGAACAACCCUCAGAAGCUUCCUCUGUCUUCUGACGGUCAGGGACUGAAGAGAGGUACUAGAGUUGGAGAAGGAGCGAUCAGGGAAGUUGCAGCUUACUUGUUAGAUCAUCCUAAAAAGUACGGACUCAUGGGUUUGGGUUUUGCUGGUGUGCCACCGACCGCUAUGAUCAGAAGCUUUCACAAAGUUUAUAAUAACCCAAAGGGUGUUGACAGUUGUAGUGCAAAAGAUGCCAAAGUUGGUUCUUUGCAAAUGUUCAUGAAGAACGAUGGGAGCUGUGAAGACAUUGGGCCUGGAGGUUUUCCUGUGGAACAAGUGCAUAAGAUAAGCGUCUUUGACAUCAGAAUGGCGAAUGCUGAUCGACAUGCCGGAAACAUAUUGACAGCGAAAGGAGAAGACGGCAAAACGGUUCUAAUCCCCAUUGAUCAUGGCUAUUGCUUGCCAGAGAAUUUUGAAGAUUGCACAUUUGAGUGGCUUUACUGGCCUCAAGCAAAAGUCCCGUUUUCUGAAGACACUGUCAACUACAUAAACUCCCUAGACGCUGAACAAGACAUUGCGCUUUUGCUACUCAACGGUUGGGACGUCCCUGAAGCUGUCUCACGCGUGCUGCGUAUCUCCACCAUGCUUCUUAAGAAAGGGGUUGAAAGAAAGCUAACGGCGUAUCAAAUCGGAAGCAUGAUGUGCAGAGAAACGGUGGACAAAGACUCUGCGAUUGAAGAGAUAGUGAGAGAUGCUCAUAACUCGGUGUUACCUGGUUCGAGUGAGACUACGUUCCUUGAAGCUGUCUCUGUGGCCAUGGAACGUCGUCUGGAUGAGCUAAUUAAGUAAACUUUUCAAAGUACAUUGUAAAGUAUGUAUCUAUAUGUAUGUUUAUGUUUGAAAUAAACGAUGAUAGGCUCUUCAUUGGAUAAUUUUUUUCUUCCAUGAAAGAAGCCUUUUAAGCUUUUGUGUUGGUUAAUCCUAAAGCAUAAUAAAUAAAACCGUUGGGUGUGUUUAUUAGU